GACGCAGAGCCCAUCCCUCCCUCGACGGCGCUGCCCUGUUUCUCUCCGUCUCCGCCAGUGUCUGUCUGGAAGCCGAAAACAGAGCGAUUUCAACCAAGGAGAGGGGCACAUAGGCUGCCCCCGGCUCCCUUAGGCAGGCAUGGCGGCUCCGUUAGCCCAUUUCGAUGAGGACUGGCAAGAUUUUAACGAGUUUAAGCCGUUUCAGGAGUCCGAUAAUCAGCUCGACCAACUCAACUCCAAUGUGACCGACUCCACUACCACCUCCUCGGGCCUAGACGAUUUCUCCGACCUAGACAACAGCUUCUGCGGGGAGAUAUGCAGCUUUAAAUCAAUGGAAGAUCUGGUACACGAUUUUGACGAGAAACUGACCGUGUGUUUCCGAAAUUACAACACAACCACAGAAAACAUAGCGCCCAUCAAGCCCAUUACGGAAGACAACUAUCUGAAAGAUGACGAGGUGUGGAAUGCACUCACAGAUAACUAUGGCAACGUGAUGCCAGUGGACUGGAAGACAUCGCACACUCGCUCCCUGCAUCUGCCCACCCUUAACCUCAUUGAGCCAGAGAAACUAGAUAACCAGUCUUUAGACCUGUCUGAUGAUGAGGACCUGAGGGAGCAAAUGGACAUGCACUCUAUUAUUGUCUCCAGCAUCAGUGACGAGCCCCUCUUCACAGCUGAACAGGUGAUAGAGGAGAUUGAGGAGAUGAUGCAGGAGUCCCCAGACCCGGAGGAUGAUGAGAGUCCGUCCCACUCAGACCUGUCCAUGCUCUCACAGGAUCUACAGGGGCUCCGACGCUCAGGCUCCAACACCAGCUAUGAGGACCGGUUGCGACAGCUGUCAGUGUCAGAGCUCACUGAGACUCUGGAGGAGGUGGAGUCGACCAUUCGCCGCUUCAGUGAGGAGCUCAUCCAGGCACUGGCCCUUCGAGAUGAGUUGGACUAUGAGAAAGAGGUAAAGAACAGUUUCAUAUCCCUGCUGAUCGAUGUCCAGAACAGACAAAAGGAGCACCGGGAUCUGCUACGCAAGAGGAAGAAGAUUCGAAGUACAGUCACCACUGGACCCAAUGGACAGAGAAUAGCUAGCACACAUAUCCCCGGCACGUAUCUGACAACAGUGAUCCCUUAUGAGAAGAAGGCUGGUGCACCCUCUGUUGAAGACCUUCAAAUUCUGACAAAAAUUCUUCAAGCCAUGAGAGACGAUAGUGAAAAGGUUCCAGCUCUUCUAACAGACUACAUCCUCAAAGUUCUGUGUCCAACGUAAAGCCUCGGACCCACCUCCUGUUUCCAGCACCUCAAAGGAACAUCACUGAGGAUUCUGGUAUUACCCAAAAUGAACUCAAAAUCCCGGCCUUCCAAUUAAACCAAUGUUUCACUUGUGGCAUUUUAAAGCUCAUUUAUUUUUAACUAAAAGAUUAUUUUAGCUGAUACCUUUUAACUUUUUAAUGCCUGAUUGAUAUAUUCUUAUAAAAUCUGCACAGUGAUGCCAGUAAUCAGUAUUAGCUCAAGUAUUUUCCUAAAUAAUUUUAAAUCUAGCAUUAUCUUAGGCAAUUUUAACAAGCUUUUCUGGCUAAGAGGCAGGUUUAUUUUGUAAACUGAACGCAUUUGCAUCUUGGUACUUUAUGCUUGACCACAUCCCUUCUGGGAGUCAGUUGAUGGCAUGUAUUUAUUUAACAAGAAUGAAAGAACCGAAGAGCAAGCCCUUUAAUUGUUGCAUGUUGAUUUAAGAAUGACACUUGAUCUCUGCUUUUUGCCGGAAUGUUGUAAUGAAAUAUUUUGUAUACAAAUUGCACAGUUUGUAGUUUUUGAAAAGGGAAACUAAACUGAAAGACUUGCUGAGUGAACAAAUGAUAUAUUUUUGAAUUGGGUUUAUAGACCUCUUUCAUUAACAGCUUUCACCACUCAUCUGUAUAUUAUGCCUAGAGAUUCUUCCCAUUCACUCACUCCCUCUUUUUACAUGUAAUACCUCAUGCUAGUCUGUUUAAAGCCAUCUCAUUUUAUCGUGGUUUAGCUAGCUUGUACUUUCCCUCAUCUUGAUAUUGUGCACAUUUCUGGUAUUGGCUUUUAGUUGAUGUCUUUCUCAUGUAGUGAAGCUAUUAGUGGUUGUACAUCUUGCUUGCUUUGUCUGUCUUGAUGGUUUAGAAAAUAAUGUAUCGAGAUUUAAGAGCUUCCAUACAAUUUACAUUAACAUCAAAAGACUAAUACAUAAUGAAUUUAACAUCAUAGCAGUACAUAUAAAAUGCAUGUCUCCUUUACUUUGUAGCUCACCAGCUAACACAGGUGCUCCACACAAGGUCAGGUCUAGAGUAGAUCUCAGGUACCUCCAUCAGUGUUAUAGUGUCAAACAGAGACAUAUAUUUACCAUCUAGCUGCAUAGACUCAAAAGCGGUAUUGUAAUCAUCUGAUAUUUUGUGUUUAGUUCAGAGUUGACACCUUUUGUUGUUCUUGUAACUGUUUAUGUGUUGUUGUUGUUAAUGUAACUGCUUUUGUAUGUGACACUUGGUUGUUAUGCUGAAUUUCUACUGUAGGGCUACUGUAGGCUGUAACCCACACCAAAACAGCAGACUCGAUUCCUAAAGCGGGUCUCCAAUACAGAUCAGUUACUGAGGAAUCGAACCUUCAAAUCAACUUGUCAGCAUAGCAACAAAGUGUCACAUACAAAAGCAGUUACAUAAACAGCAAAUAAACAGUUACAAUAUCAACAAAAGGCGUUAACUCUGAACUAAAAACAAAAUAUCGGCUCAUUACAAUAUUAAUAUUAUCAAGCAAAAUGUACUCUUGUAGUUCUAGUAAAGUAAUAGCUAUAGCAGUGAAAUGGAUACGCCUCAAACUUGAAUAGUUGUUUGCUGUGAUACUAGACAUAACAUUUACACUAAUAAGUUAUUUAAUCAUUAGUAAUUUAAUCAUAUGAUGGAAAAGGGAAUGUAAAGAUGCUGGAUAUGGAAUUAUACAGAAGUGGUUCCAGUGGUUUAUUUUGAUCUGUUACAAUGGACAGACAUGCAUCAAUAUUGGUGCAUUAUUAUACUGUAUGUAGCGGUUAUUUCUAAUGUUGCCAGCACUGAGCAUUGAAAACUAGCAUGAGCUGCAUGCACUUUACAGUUGGAAACAAAAUUAGUGUUUGAAUCAACCAAAAAAGGGAUGAAAGCAUGUUGUAGUAAUGGUCGAAAUUUAAUAAAAAAAAGGGAAAAUAUAAGUAACAAAAUUUUUAAAUGGAUUAAAAUAAAUGACACUAAAUAUGCAUAUCUUACUAUUUGGUUGCAGUCCAUUGAAUGUCAUUGAAAGGUGUUUAGGAUGUAACAUAUCAACAAGAGUCAUGACAAUUUAAAGAUUUAUAUUUUUAUCAUAACAAGCCAGGAGACAAGGCCUCCUUUGAAAAUGCCUGAUCAUUUUGUACAUUGAACCGACAACCUUUUGUUUUUAAUACUUGUCAUCCCCCGGUGAAGGGGUUUUAUGUUUACUGUCUCAUCAUGUGGUACCACAGUACAUUAAUUUAUUAUGUAAAUGUUUGUUUUAUAACCUUGUUAUUGACAUGUAAUGGUACCAAUGUUUGUGCCCGCAUUUCAACUCAUUUCAAAUAAAAACUGUGAAGACCUU